ACAAAAUCAUAAAAAAAAAAACACUCUUCUUAGUUAAAUUUUUGUGGGAGAAUGGGAAUAAUAUUGCAAAAAAGGCUCUUCUUCCUCGCAGGGUGCCUGCUUUUCAUCAUUAAUGGCUUACUGCUCGGCGGGGCGCAUGCCAAACACGCCAAAUAUUAUGACUAUGUUCUGAAGGAGACGAAUUUCACGAGGCUGUGCAGCACGAAGAGCAUGUUGACCACGAAUGGAAUGUUCCCUGGGCCAGUGAUUCGCGUCCACAAAGGGGAAACCAUAUAUAUUAAUGUCCUCAAUCAAGGACUCUACGGGGUCACUGUUCACUGGCAUGGAGUGAAGCAGCCAAGGAAUCCGUGGUCAGACGGUCCAGAGAAUGUAACUCAGUGUCCUAUCAAACCUGGAUCAAACUUCACUUACGAAAUCAAUUUUUCUAGCGAAGAAGGAACGCUAUGGUGGCAUGCCCACAGUGAUUGGACGCGUGCCACCGUCCAUGGCGCUAUUAUUGUUUAUCCCGCGACUGGAAAAACUUAUCCUUUUGCUAAACCUUAUGCGGAGGAAACAAUCGUUCUCGCUUCCUGGUUUAAGGGCGACGUGAUGGAAAUAAUUACUGAAGCCCUCGAAAAUGGCGGGGAACCGAACGUGUCAGACGCUUUCACAAUCAAUGGCCAACCAGGGGAUCUAUAUCCAUGCUCUAAUGCAUCAACAUUCCGGUUGCUGGUGAACUACGGCAAAACCUAUCUUCUCCGGAUAGUGAACGCCGUGAUGAACGAAGAAAUGUUCUUCGCGGUGGCGGGACACAGCCUCACACUGGUGGGCGCCGAUGGAGCCUACGUCAAGCCCUUCAAGACUUCCUACAUCAUGAUAACUCCGGGGCAGACCAUGGACGUCCUCCUCACCGCCGACCAGCCUCUCAGCCACUACUACAUGGCUGCUCUCGCCUACUCCAGCGGUAUAUCCGCCUACGACAACACCACCACCACCGCCAUCGUUCAGUACAAAGGCAACUACACCCCGCCAUCGUCCCCCUCCUUCCCCAGUAACCUUCCUGCCUACGAUAACGGCAGCGCCGCCUCCAACUUCACUAGCCAAGUGCGCAGCUUGGCGAGCAAGGAGCACCCGAUUAGCGUCCCACAGAAGGUCACCAAACGCAUCAUGAUUACUGUCUCAGUGAACAAUAAGAUCUGCCCCAACGCCUCCUGUUCCGGACCCGACGGAAAUAGGCUCUCCUCCAGCUUGAAUAACAUCAGUUUUGUGUUGCCUUCCGUCGAUAUCCUCCAAGCUUACUACUGGAACAUUACAGGGGUUUUCAACAGGACGUUCCCAAGCAGGCCGCCACGCUUUUUUGACUUCACGGCAGAUGACACUGGGAACGACACGCUGGUUCCAGAGGAUGGGACGAGGGUGAAGAUGAUAAACUAUAACGAAUCAGUGGAGAUAGUUUACCAAGGAACAAACGUUGCGAACUCAUCAGAGAAUCAUCCUAUGCAUCUCCAUGGUUUCAGCUUCUACGUGGUUGGCACAGGUGCUGGAAAUUUCAACGCAAGUAUUCAUAACCCACAAAAAUAUUAUAAUUAUAACUUGGUCGACCCCCCAGAAGUUAACACCAUUGGAGUUCCCAAGAAUGGAUGGGUUGCCAUCAGAUUUGUAGCAGACAAUCCAGGGGUAUGGUUCAUGCAUUGUCAUUUGGAACGGCAUACGAGUUGGGGCAUGGAAACCGUCCUAAUUGUGAAGAAUGGGACGACUGCGGCUACAAGCAUUCGCUCUCCGCCUUCGUACAUGCCUCCUUUAAACUGUGGUAAAGUUAGGAGCAAAAAACAGGAUGUGAAAGAAACCUCAUACACAAGGCUAUGUAGCACCAAAAACAUCUUAACCAUAAAUGGCAAGUUCCCAGGCCCUACUUUGUAUGCUAAUAAGGGAGAGACUAUCAUCGUUGACAUUUAUAACAAGGCCGACUACAAUAUCACCAUUCAUUGGCACGGGGUGAAGCUGCCAAGGUAUCCGUGGUCAGAUGGUCCUGAAUAUAUCACACAGUGCCCAAUUCAACCAGGAAGAAAGUUUAGGCAAAAGAUCAUACUCUCGACAGAGGAAGGAACAGUGUGGUGGCACGCUCAUAGUGACUCGUCCAGAGCCACCGUGCAUGGGGCUAUUGUUGUCUACCCUAAAAAGGGAACUAGCUAUCCUUUUAAAAAGCCUGAUGCAGAAGUGCCCAUCAUUUUAGGAGAGUGGUGGAAGAGAGAUGUAAUGGAGGUUCUUGAUGAAAUGAAACAGACGGGAGGAGACCCCAAUGUCUCCGAUGCUUACACUAUCAAUGGUCAACCUGGCGAUCUAUAUCCAUGCUCAAAAUCAGGAACGACGAAGUUGAUGGUCCACCGCGGCGGAACCUAUCUCCUCCGCAUCGUAAACGCAGCCCUCCAAGAUAUCCUCUUCUUCUCCGUCGCCAACCACUCACUCAACGUCGUCGGCACCGACGGCAGCUACACCAAACCCCUCAUCUCCGACUACAUCGCCAUAUCCCCCGGCCAAACCAUCGACGCCCUCCUCCAUGCCAACCAACCCCCGAACGACUACUACAUGGCCGCCAGAGUCUACUCCAGCGCCUUGGGCGUCGCAUACGACAACACCACCACCACCGCCAUCCUCCGCUACUCCGGCCACCCCCGUUCUUCUUCUCCCCCACCCUUGCCCUUCCUCCCCUACUACAACGACACCAGCGCCUCCGUCAACUUCACCGGCCGCCUGCGGAGCCUGGCCUCCGGCGCCCACCCCGCCUCCGUCCCCCUCAACAUCACCACCAAGCUGAUCUUCACCGCCUCCGUGAACACCUUCCCCUGCUUCAACAACUCCUGCGAAGGACCCAACGGGACGCGCCUCGCCGCCAGCCUGAACAACAUAAGCUUUCAGAAUCCCACCAUCGACAUACUGGAAGCGUACUACGGUCGCAUAAACGGGGUGUUUGGAGACAAGUUUCCGAGUUUCCCGCCGCUGGUUUUCAAUUUCACGGCAGAGUAUCUGCCGCUGGAGCUGGAGCUACCAAGGGCGGCGACGGAAGUGAGAGUGGUGGAGUAUAACUCGACGGUGGAGCUCGUGAUACAGGGGACAAACUUGGUUGCGGGUACGGAUCAUCCGAUACACUUACACGGGUACAGUUUCUACGUGGUGGGAUGGGGGUUUGGGAAUUUCGAUAAGGAUAAGGAUCCUUUAGGGUAUAAUUUGGUAGACCCGCCUCUGCAGAAUACCAUCGCCGUGCCCAAAAACGGCUGGACUGCCAUAAGAUUCAGGGCAAACAACCCAGGAGUCUGGUUCAUGCACUGCCACUUGGAGCGGCACCUGACAUGGGGGAUGGACAUGGUUUUUAUUGUGAAGAACGGGGAGCAAGCAGAGGAGCAGAUGCUGCCGCCGCCUCCGGAUAUGCCACCUUGUUGAUUAAUGCCUCUACAAAUUUCUCCCUGGUUUACCUUUCAAAAAUAAAACUUCACCCUGUUUGUAUGUAUUGACGCGCAUGCAAAUUGUAGCUUGUAUUAGUUUAUUUUAUUUAUUUCUACCUAUGGCCCGGUCUUAAAGAUCGUAUUAGCAAGUGUUGCAAUUUAUUGUAUUCAUAUUGUUGGGAAUAUGUACAAAACUCCCCCCUUCGCGUGUCUGUGCAUGUAACAAAUUGACUCAAGCAAAUUGCAUAUUUUAAAUAUUAGGCAUGUAACAAAUUGACUAUAUAUUCAUUAUUAUCAGAGAUGUAUAAAAAGAGAUUCAUU